AGCAAACAAUCCCUCCUCUCCCAAACUGACCCCACCACCACCGACCCACCCCCAGCCUACUCCCCCUCCACCAACCCAACAACCACAACCACAACCAACAAACGCGCAUCUCUCCUCCCCCGCCCACCCCCUCUCACCCUCCCAAUCCUCACGCACCUCCGCACCAAACGCUUCAUCCUAGCCUCCACCUCCCCCCGCCGGCGACAAAUCCUCUCCCUCCUCUCCCUCCCAAACAUGGAAAUAAUCCCACCCAACACCGCCGAAGACCUCCCCAAAACCCUCUCUCCCUACGAAUACGUCCUGCAAACCGCCACCCAAAAAGCACAAGCCGUGUACGCCCAGGAAAUCGACUCUCCGAAGGGCGAACCAGCGGUGAUUCUGGCCGCGGACACAGUCAUCGUGGACACCUCCUCGGGGUCGAUAUUGGAGAAGCCUCGCAGCGAAGCACAUCAUAUUUCCAUGUUGAAGGGACUGAGGGAUGCGGGCGAACAUAAAGUCUAUACUGCUGUUGUGGGGAUGGCGCCGUUGGAGAGUGCGAGGGUGCCGGGGUAUGCGUUGGAGAGUUGGAUUGAGGAGACGAGGGUGUGGUUUGAUCGCGGGGUGAGUGAUGAGGUUAUUUUGGCGUAUGUGAGGACUAGGGAGGGGGUGGAUAAGGCCGGGGGGUAUGGGAUUCAGGGGUUGGGGAGUGUGUUGGUGGAUAGGAUUGAGGGGAGUUAUGAUAAUGUGGUGGGGUUGCCGUUGAGGAAGACGUUGGAGGUUAUUCAGAAGGUGGUGGCGAGGGCGGAUGAUGAGGAUUUGUUGGAUGGGGAG